AUGGGUAAGGGGAAGCCAAGAGGAUUGCAGAGUGCCCGUAAGCUACGUACGCAUCGUCGUAAUUCACGCUGGGCUGACAAGCAAUAUAAGAAAAGGGCCUUGGGUACUGCAUACAAAUCAUCUCCAUUUGGUGGAUCAUCUCACGCCAAGGGCAUUGUUCUCGAAAAGAUCGGUGUCGAAGCCAAACAACCCAACUCUGCCAUUCGAAAAUGUGUUCGUGUUCAAUUAAUCAAGAAUGGCAAAAAAGUCACAGCCUUCGUGCCCAAUGACGGUUGCUUGAAUUACGUCGAAGAAAACGAUGAAGUGCUUAUUGCUGGAUUCGGUCGAAAAGGCCGCGCUGUCGGUGAUAUUCCCGGUGUCCGAUUUAAGGUUGUCAAAGUUUCUGGAGUUUCCCUACUUGCUUUAUAUAAAGAGAAAAAGGAAAAGCCGCGAGCUUAA